AGAUAGAUAAAACUUGAAAAAAAAAAAAAAAAAAAAAAAACCUCUCUUCCUUAGCUUUGAAGAAGAAGAGGUGAAAACAGCUAGGAAGUAAGGAAGAAAAGAGAUUCAAAAGUCUUUUUAUAGAUUUUCAGAUUUCUUUCUAUUUUGUUUCUUUUUUAACUUUUAAAUUAUGGGGACUGAAAUUUUACGGCCUCAGGAUUGUUUGAUCGAACGGAUAAGAGUUCCUCCGGCGGGUUUGUAUUCUCGUCGAAGAAACUAUGGAUAUUUUAACCCUAAUUAUUCCAGCAACAGCAACACGAGACCGAACUGGAAACCAGCGGUUCGACAUGAGAAACCGGACCAGAGACGACAGCGGGCUCAAUCGGAGCCGUCGAUGUCGAAGAGAUCGACGUCGGUUUCAGAUGAUUCGAAAAUGAUGAUCAAGAGGUCGAACUCUGAUGAUCGGAAGACGGUGAGAAGUAGUGAAAAUAAGAAUGAUCUGCUGGCAGAGAAGGUGAUGAUCUUAAGACGUGGAGAGUCGCUAGAUUCCAAGAUCAAGAAGGAAGGUACGGUGGCACCGCGAAGGAUGACCGGUAAGUGUGACGUUUAUGCCGGAUCGGCUUUCGCGGUGUCUCCGGAGCCGAGUUCGCUUCCUUUGCCGUCGUUUUUUAAGAAACAGAUCUCAGUUGAUGACUCAGCAACCCGAGACAUCAAGCGUUUGCUUCGGCUUGAAUUAUGAGAUCCAGCUCUCGUGUCGAGCCGGAUCCGACACUUGAUUUUAACUUUUAAUUUCGUCUCCGUCAAUUCUUCCUUGGAUUUUCAAGGUCCGAAAUUCCCGAUAUUUUUUUAAACGGGAAGGAGAAGAUCUGAAGUACAAGGUAAAAAAACGGAGGCGAAUUAGUCGAUAUGUGGAAAUAUGGGGUAAAAUUAGGAGGUUUGAUUUGAUGGGGGGCGCUGUAAAAUGGAAGAAAAGUGAAGAAGAGGGGGUUGAAUGUAAUAUUGGUAAAAAAAAAAAAAAAAAA